AUGAGUGCUAUUAGUGACCUGUUGAAAGGCAAUGGAAAACUUAUUUGGGGAUCAUUUUUGUGAGCUUCUCCUGUUGGUGCUGCAGCAUUGUUCUUUCUCUCUUCUCCAAAUCUCUUUUUAUAAAAGUUCAAUUACAGGAUGAAUGAACACCAGCGUUCCCUCCUCCUUGAAUCUUCAUCCCAUUUUUUACCACCCAAAGGGGUAAAAUUAUCCUAUGGAACAGCAGGAUUUAGAGCAGAUGCAACCCUACUGAGAUCAACGGUGUACAGGGCAGGAAUCUUGGCUGCCUUAAGAUCCCUUAAAACCCAAUCAGUAAUUGGGUUGAUGAUUACAGCUUCCCACAACAAAGUUUCUGAUAAUGGUGUCAAAAUUGCUGAUCCAAAUGGUGGAAUGUUGUCUCAACAUUGGGAACCCUUUGCUGAUUCGCUUGCCAAUGCUUCUGAUCCAAUUCAACUUGUUCAGCUUAUUGAUGAUUUUGUGAGGAAGGAGCUUAUCUCAAUGGAUAAUGGCUAUCCAGCAGAGAUCUUGCUGGGAAGAGACACCCGACCCAGUGGAGAAUCACUCCUUGAUGCUGCGAAACAAGGUAUCAGUUCAAUAAUUGGCGCAGUUCUCCAUGAUAUGGGAAUUUUGACUACCCCGCAACUACAUUGGAUGGUUCGUGCUAGGAACAUGGGUAUGAAAUCAACUGAGAAUGAUUACUUUCAGCAAGUGUCAAAUUCUUACAGGUGCUUAGUGAAAUUGAUCCCAGAUGCGAGUAAAGCCCGCAAAUUGAAUGAUAAUUUGGUUGUUGAUGGUGCUAAUGGAGUAGGAGGUGACAAACUUGAAGUUUUGAAAGACUUAUGUGGUGAUCUUUCAAUAGAAGUGAGAAAUACUAGCAACGGAGAGGGUGUUCUGAAUGAAGGAGUUGGCGCUGAUUUUGUGCAGAAAGAGAAGUUCUUGCCUUCUGGGUUUGGCCAGGGUGAUGUUGGGCUGAGGUGCGCAAGUCUAGAUGGAGAUGCCGAUAGGCUUGUGUAUUUUCUUGUGAAACCAGACGUCAAGAUGAUCGAUCUCGUGGAUGGAGACAAGAUACUGUCUCUGUUCGCUCUUUUUAUCAAAGAACAGUUAAAUAUACUUAAAGACAAUAAUGACGAAAAAACAUCUGAUCCUUAUCAUCCACGUCUUGGCGUAGUGCAAACUGCGUAUGCUAAUGGGGCUUCAACGGCUUACCUAAAGAAUCUUGGAUUAGAUGUUGUCUUCACUGCUACCGGAGUGAAAUAUUUACACGAAAAGGCUUCUGAAUAUGAUAUCGGUAUAUACUUUGAGGCCAAUGGUCAUGGCACCAUAUUGUUUUCCGACAGUGUUCUGUCUUGGUUGGAGGCUAAAAAUAGCGUGCUUUCCUCUUGUUCUGGCUCGAAAGUUCAAAAUGCUGUGUCAAGAUUAUUAGCUGUGAGUAAGUUGAUCAAUCAGGCGGUUGGCGAUGCAUUGAGUGGAUUGCUCUUGGUGGAAGCCAUUUUACUGCAUACGGGCUGGUCAAUUCAGAAUUGGAGUGAACUCUACAAAGAUCUUCCUAGCAGACAACUCAAGGUCAAGGUUUGUGACAGAACUGCUGUUAUAACUGCAAAUGCCGAGACGGUAGUUGUGCAGCCUGCUGGCAUCCAAGAAGCUAUUAACACUGAAACUGCAGCAAAGUAUCCUCAUGGCCGAUGUUUUAUUCGGCCAUCAGGUACUGAGGAUGUGAUUCGGGUUUAUGCUGAAGCUGCCACUCAAGAAGAGGCAAAUAGUCUAGCUAAUGCGGUAGCAAAGAUUGCAGACCAGUUUCUUGGAUCUGGAAGCUCUUAAUCCUUAAUAAACAGUUGGGACAACUAGAUUUGCUUUCGGCUGUUCGUAAGUGUUUUGGUAAUCUGAUUGUACGGUCACUUGUAUGACAGGAUCACAUCCCCCUCCUCAAUAACAGAACAGUGUUGUGCUUGAAUGCAGAAAGUAGGACAAAACUUUCUCAAAACUAUUAAUUAUGAAUGUUUUUAAAGUUGACUUCUUGUUUGUAAUGAAUUCAGGUCACUGUACAUAUACUUCUUUUUAAGGGGAAAUUGUAAUUGACAAUUUUUGGAUGAUCAAUAACUUACAUUCUUUUGGGUAGAAUUCAUGUCAUAGUAGUUGGAUGAAAAGGGGAUGCUCUAACCGAUUGAACUACAAUCUCAACUUGCAAGUGAUGUAUUGAUUUGCACAUGAAUAUACAAUUAUGUGAGAACUACACCAAUUACUAAUAUAUCCACUUAAGUCAGAACACCAAUUAGUAAUAAAUUUUCUUUGUUGCAAACUCGUUCACAGAAUUUCUUCAUGUCUUUCACCUUUUAUUUUCAAGUUGGUUGUCAAUAAUCACGCCCCAUGGUUUAGUCAGGUACUCCUCAUCAGUCGUCUCAUUUUGUCCCAUCGAUGGUUACCUUCUUUAUUUGUGUUUUCCGUUAAGGGUGAACUCCAUGGACAGACACCUUUUCAAAACAUUCAGGUCGUAAAUAAAAUUUGGAGCCCUUCUGCCUUGUGAUGUUAUAACAUAAAUUAAUUAAAUUUGCAUUUGAUACAAGUUAUUCUUUGGACAAGCUUUAUAUAACGAAUCAUAAAUACAUAGACUUCCCCAUAAUUCCAUUAUUUCCUUACUUGAAUGACAUUAAGUGGCUCCCACCUAAAACCGGACUUCGAAUGAUUGGAUAUACGCAAUUUUACAUUAAUUGAUGAUGCAACAGACAAAGAGGUUAAACUAAUUGAUCCUUGGUAGCAAACGUCAUAUAGAACUUCACAUAAAUAAAAAGUACACAUGAUUUAAUGAGUCAGUUUCACAUAAAUAGAGCACAAACAUCCAAAUUCAGUCCAUAGGCAAAGAUAGCAGUUCUCAACAAAUUUUCUUGCUACAGAAACCAUAACUUCUGGGGCUGCUGAAUCAGAUGAUGAAAAACCACUGACCUCAAAAUGAAAGAUCAGAUACCAUCUUUUGACAAAUUAAACUCUAG